AUGGCGUUUACAGCUUUGAAACGCAUAGGCCAAUCAUUGUGGGGCAGCCGGGUGGACACAUUGCAGCAGAUUCAGCAACACUUGGCUUGUGAUGAGGCCGCUUCGGCCUGGCACUUGGCUGAGUGCAACGCACCUGAACUUCAAGUCUCAGUAGAGGGUUGUGCCACUGCGGCCGUAGCGGCUGGGGCGUGUGGCAGGUGGGCCGAGGCCGCACACCUUUUGCAGCACGCCAAGACCCGGGCACCAUCAGCAGAGGAGCUUUUGGCAUGCCAAUCCCUGCUGGAGCGGCUUGAGGCCCUGCAGCAGCAGCAGGAAACGGGCAUAGGCUUGCUGUGUGGACCGCUUUGGUGCCCCGAGCCACCGCCCCCCUUGGCGCUGCCGGCCUCUUGGGCGUCCUGGGCACAGGCCUUGCCUCAGGUGCCCGUCAGGGAACGAGAGGAGGACCCGGUUUGGUCGGUGGGACGACAUCGACCGCUUUGGGGAUCGGACGCCGAACGCGUUCGACCGGGGUCGGAGCACGCGGGGGUCGGACGCGUCGCCAUUCAACUGCUGCAGGAGCAGUUUGUCCGUUUGGAGGUAGAGAGCUGCUACGAGAUGUUCCUCGAGGUGGUUUGGCGCCAAGGCUUGGAGGGAAAAGAAUCCGCUGAUAGUGGAGGCGGCGGUUUGGGUGCUCCGCGGAUUGUGGAGGAGGGCGAGCCCAGUGGUCGACACUGCGCGCGACGUGUGGGGCUUUGCAUUGUGGAGCGGAUUCAGGAGGCAGAGAGAGGGAAGUUCAUUGAAUAUACCAUUGACAAGGGGCCUUGGCCUACAAGCUACAACCGCGCUCGUGUGAGCUUUGAGGCGUUGGAUGGGGGUACGUUGGUCACGUGGAGGUCGAACUUCACGCAGCUCAGCAGCAGGGUUUCCAUCCUCGGGUAA